UCAGUGUGUGAGGUUGUGUAGAAAUAUCGCUCCCUAGGCAUGUCUAUAAAUCUCGUUAACGGGAUCUUAUUUUGAUGUGCAACGUCUUUCUGAUAAUCAAUAAUGACUAUCAUAGUGUUUUUAAUUGACACAUCUGGUUCUAUGAAUCAGAAAACAUUUAUUGGGGCAAGACCAACGUUAUUGGAUGUAGCAAAAGGCGCCGUGGAGAGUUUCGUAAAGUUACGACAGCGGUGCCCGGACAGCCGAGGCGACCGCUACAUGCUUUUCACUGCAGAAGAUCCGCCCAACCAUAUCAAGGCGGGCUGGAAGGAAAACCUGGCCACAUUCAUGAACGAACUGAAGAACAUCCGUGCCACGGGCCUCAGCACCAUAGGGCCGGCCAUCAGGAAUGUGUUUGAUGUUCUCAACAUCAACAGAAUGCAGUCAGGUAUCGACACGUAUGGCGCAGGCAGGUCGCCCUUCUUCCUCGAGCCGUCCCUGAUCGUCGUCAUCACGGACGGUGGGCGCCUCACCGCCCCCGCCGGCGUCCAGGACGAGAUGUUCAGUGGACACAAGAGCUCCAGCAUCCCUGGGGCUGAGCUAACGCGGGAGAUGUACAGAUGGGACCAGCGGUUGUUUGCUCUCGUACUACGCCUGACUGGCACCCCCGCCCAGGACCCGCCCCCUCCUCCUACGCCCCCCAACGGCGGCAGCGCCAGCGCCUGCAGCAGCAUCGUCCCCAGCGACAACUCCCACCUGGACCGUCUCUGCGACGCCACGGGAGGUCGUUCGUACUGCGUGCGCAGUCACCGCGUGUUCCAGAACUGCGUGGAGAGUCUCGUGGGGAAGGUGCAGAGCGGCGUCGUCAUCAGCUUUGAGAAGAGCGGUCCUGACCCACCUCCUGUAGUGCAUGAAGGCAAAGACGCGCCGCUGCCUGACAUCGUCGAGGUCGACAAAGAGAACAUCUACGGCAGCAACUCUGACAACUAUGCUUCUGGCAGCUCCCAGAGCAACGGUCACAGCUCCUCGACGCCAUUAAAUGCCUCAGGUUGUUCUAACAACCACACCGUCACCACCACCAGCAGUGGUAGCACCACCACCAUACCACCACCAGCGUGGUACAACUGCCGUAAGAUGAUAUACGUACCAAGACCUGCACAACGAGGAAGUCCUACAGGGUUCUGGCCCAUUCCGGAGUCCUUCUGGCCUGACAUCCAUACGGCCACACUCCCCGCUCGCUCGGCCCACCCGAACGUGAAGUUCACGUGCACCAGCCAGGAGCCCAUGGUCAUAGACAACUUACCAUUCGACAAGUACGAGCUCGAGCCUUCCCCUCUGACGCAGUUCAUCCUACACCGGCGCCAGCCCACCGUCUGUUGGCAGGUGUUCGUGGCGAACAGCAGCAGCGUGAAGAACAGCGACGCAGGUCACCCGUUCGGGUACCUGAAGGCGAGCACGUCGCUGUCAUGCGUGAACCUGUUCGUGAUGCCCUACAACUACCCUGUGCUGCUACCACUGCUGGAGGACCUGUUUAAAACUCACAGACAGAAACCCAGCAAGGAGUGGAGGCAGCAGUUCGAUACCUACCUUAGGACCAUGCCGCCCUACUAUGCUAAUCCCCUGCGUCGUGCCCUGGCCCGCAUGGGCGCCCACAACCUGGUGCCCGACAACCUGGACAACUGCCUCAGCUUCCAGGUCUCGAACCACCUCAAGAAGCUCAAGAACCAGGGCAAGGUUGAGUACGACCGCAUCUGUGCUGAGGUGGAGAAGCGCGUGAGCAGCGUUAGCGCCGGCAGCAGCAGCUCCUGCAACCUGGGGGACCACAACGGCCUGGUGAAGGUGGUGAUGAAGAGACCGCUGCCCCGACACCUUACUUCCAACCAUACACUUCAUGGUCCGCUGUCACAUUUACGGGAGCAAGUGAACGAGUUCAACAAUUUCCACAUCGUGCUGAGCACAGACUCGUUGACUGCCCCAUCCUUGGGGGGGCCUGGGGCGCCCCCUUCCGUCACGGGGGGCGGGGGCACUGCCCCCCAAAUGUACAGAAACCCGUUCGAUAUUUCCAGACACUCGCUGCUGGAUCAGCUCGCUAGAAUGCGAGCAAACUUUUUGCAGCCGAGUGUGGCGAACCUGCUACUGGACCGCGACCAGGACCAGCUACACUGCCGCCCUAUCGGCCAGAUGGGCAACUAUCAGGACUACCUGAAGAAGAUGCCCCCUGCGCUGCGGGAGAUCGAGAGCACCCCUGUACGGCAGCACAUGUUCGGCAACCCGUUCAAGAUAGACAAGAAAAUGUCGAUGGUGGUUGACGAAGCGGACGUGGACCUGCCUGGGGGAGGAGCAAGUGGGGGAGCUGGGGGCUCUGCUGGGGGAGGUAGGGGGACCAAGAGAGGCUCCUCUGACCCUGGGCCUUCGAUGGCCUCAGGAGGCCCUGGCCUAAGGCCCACCGUCAAGAGAAAAAGAGGCCCACUGCCCUCCGACGCGUGUUACAGCCGCCUGCUGUUCACUCCCCCCAACUCCCCCCAGCACUUCGGGGGAGUGGAUGCUGCGUAUCCCCCACCUAUGGUUGCCGCUACUCCCCCUCCCUCAACUCAACCCCCUCCUCCUCCCCCGGCCCCCAUGGACCUCCCCCCAUCUGUGGUGACCCCAAGACUAGCCCCUCACCCCCCGGGGUACGAUCCCCUCCACCACCUUCACCCAACCCCUCCCCCAACCCUACACCAACCCCACGGCAACGCUAACGCUGCCGUCCCAGGUACGAACAACAUGGCCCCUUCCCCCACCGUCUUCACCCCUCCUGUGGGGGGCGUGAUGGGGGGCAUCGCAGCCCCCGUGGGGGGCCCUUGUUCCCCCCCGCCUUCCCCCGCGUCCCCUCACAUCAGUCCCUCAAAUCCCCAAGCUAAUGAGGAAGACAUGCAUCUCAAUGGAGGUGGGGACGUGGAGCCUGCACCGGCUGGGGACGUGGGGAAGGGACGAGGGCUGUCCCGCCCUCCCCUCGCCGCCAUGCACAACCAACAAGUGCUCCUGACGUCUCCGGACAGCUCUCCGCUACAACCAUCUUCUCCUCCCCACUCCCCCACCACUCCACCCCCUGCAUUACCCCCACUCCGAGCCCCCUUGUCACCUCCCUCUGCCCCUUACCCCUUAGCAGUGACGUCACAAGAUCCAUUUUCAGGACAACGAAAUCUAAUUUCUCCUGCAGUUUCAUCUCAAGAAAUUCAGCGUUUAAAUUCAGGCGUACAAACGUCGCAAGAAAUUCAGCGUCUCAACUCAGGGGUGCCAGAGAGUGCUGGAAGUCAGCGGCCAGCUGCUGGUGCUGCCUUACAGCGUCAGGAGCCGCUGACAAACCAGCGUCAGGUCGUCGUGUCCAAUCAGCUGUUGUUCCAAGACACUGCUGACGCUGCCAGCCACAACCGCAUGCUGCUGCUGACGCUGUACAAGGACGUUAAGCGACCGGGCCGAAACUACGGGCCGCUGUUGUCUCGCUUAUCAACGGUCCAGGGCAGCGUGGAGAGCAGAAUACGCUUAUUGAAGGCCGUGAUGCAUGAAGCCAGUCGCUUCAAGCGCCACUCUCUCAUCAAGCUUCUUGAUGAAUACAUGAUGCAGCAGCAGCGCCAGCACCGCGGUGCCAUCAACGGCACCACCAACAACCCUGGCGCGUCCUUACGCAUGAAUGGCCACACCAGAUGAGGGCUGCAGGUGACGAGUUCGUGAAGGAAAGUGACGAGUUCGUGAAGGAAAGUGACGAGUUCGUGAAGAAUUGGUGAAGGAAAGUGACGAAUUCAUGAAGGAAUGUGAAGAAAAGUAACGAAUUAGUCAAGGAAAGUGAAGAAUUAGUGAAGGAAUGUGACUAAUUAUUGAAGGAUAGGUAGUGACGAAUUGGUGAAGUUAGUGACGAAUUGGUGAAGGAAAGUGACGAUUUCGUGAAGAAAUGUUAAGAACUAUUGGAGGAAAGUGGCAAACUCUGGAAGUAGGAACUUUUUGAGACAGCAGAACCAGUAUGAUAAUCUAUAAUAAUUCUGUCAACUCUGAAAUGUCGGCAUCUGCAUCGGCAUUAGCACUCCUGAGGCAUCUCGCAUCGGCAUCUAAUCGGCAUUCGCCAAAUUAGAUCAGUUCUAUAGUGGAAAAUUUGUAAGCUUGCUUUGUGAGUUAGAAAAUCAUCAGAUUCCGUGCUCCAGAGAUCGUCGUUGGUUUCGGAAAAACAUUUCUUCUCAUGAGGGUCAACUGAAAAGAAAUUGGUUCAAUGACUUCUGUUGGCUUGAUGAAAAAUUCCAAUUCUGAAGUUACUUUCACCAUCGAUGAAGGUAAUUCUACGGGAAUUAUAUAUAGGUAUAUAUAUAAAUCUAUCAUGUUUAUUGAAGACGAAGACCAUGAUGCAUCAAAUAGGCCUUGGAGAAUUAACGCACGAGAAUCAAAUUACCGUAUGUGCACCUAAGGCCUUCAUCAACUCCCUCAAUACUUGUCUUCAAGAUACAAGUUAUUUUCCUUCGCAGAAUUGGAAAUUUCUCAAAGAGAAAUCGCAUUUUUGCAGCAGCAGAUUUAGUUAGACUUUUUUUAUUUGAUUCGCUUAUUUAUGCGUUUCAUGUAAAUUUAUUUUAAUGGACGCAACUGCCUUCACCAAAGCCGCCAUCACACAAUAGUUUUGUAUGUAAUUUUAUUAACAUUCUUGAUCUGUUGCUUGCAGUUUCUAUUGUGAACAUCCAAUAGUAGUUUCUUCUUGUAAUUAUAAUCUAUUUGUAGGUACACAAGUUGCAGUUCAUGUUAUCUUUUUAUUACUUUUUCAGUUUUUGACCUUACACUUUCCAUGGUUUCUUAAAGCUUCAAGUUUAGACAAAGCGCCUCCUGAGAGGGAGAGCUUGAAGCUGACUGUCACUGCCAUUCAUUUUCUCGCCUUCUGUUUGGGGCAGACAUUUUUACUUUGGUAUUGUAGAAAAAUGAUAUUCUGAUGCGAAUUUACAUUAAAGUAUUUAUAAUAUCAAUGUCCGACGCCUUAAGAGCAUUAAUACUUUUUGUCAUAAUUCUGUUCUGCAUUUCAUUUCUCGCCGCUUGAGGGAAAGGUUUUAAUUACUAUUUUUCAAUGGUCUGAUUUGGGAUGACAUUUUCGGUGCCACUUCGGGGAACUUAAUUGUUUUAAAAGAACUUUGUUUUGGGAAUUGAUAUUCGAUUGUGCUUUCUAUGUUAGGGUAUAAAGGGUCUUCAGGGUAAAAGAGAGGGGUAUAUAUAAUGGUUCCACAGUAUACAAUGCCGACAUAAAAGGUAUGCUAUAUUUUUAGGGUAAAAUGCUGGGGUAUAGUGGCUCCAUCGCGUAUAUGGCUGUAGUAUAUAGAGGUAUCCUAGGUUCACGGUCAGCAUUGAAAGGCGUAGAUAUUGAAUCAUGAUUUAUAUGCAUUGAAUCAUAAGCGUUUUAGAAGUCUUCAGUCAAUUGUUUAAAUUAUUUUUGAAGUGUUGCAAACAAGACAUUUGUAGAUAGCCUACCCAUCACGGUACAGGGAUCAUUUAUCGAUUUUCUUGAAUGUUAUUAUGAAUGUUUUUUCACCGACUAUGUACAAACUUAGUUCGUAAGAUUGUACAGGACUUGAUAGUGAUUUGUACAGACGAGUCAGUAGCCUUUCACAGUUUGUAGGAUUUGCUAGCUGUAGGAUUAGGCUCGUAGAAAAAGCUGAAUAGAAAUGAUUUCACAAUGAAAACAUAUUUGUGGAGGAAUUCUGCUCUCUCAUACACUUUUUUUAUUUCAAUUUCUUUAUACCCUAGAGGGUAUUCAAGCAACAGAAUUGUAAGCUUCGUUUUUUUAUUACCGUUUUUUCCUCGCAUUUUCCGUUUUUUUUAUUAGCUGAUUAAUUAUGAACAUAAAUACCGUAUCCUGGCAAUGUUACGGUAAAGCGUUGAUUACUCUAAUGCGCUGCAGAGUUAUUUGAUCGGCGAGUCUUUGCAACGAAGAUUAGUUAGAAAAUUUUCACUGUUACUCAUUACGAUCAUCAAGCGUGUCAUCGUGACCCAGUUCGCGUCGUACGUAUCAGUGCUACGUCCGUUCUCUGCU